AUGUGUCACAGACGUUUGUGGUAUGAUGCCAAGCAGCUGCAACUCCAACGCCACGUGGUCAAGGCCACCGCCAUGGCCCCUCUCUCCUCAUUGCUGGCAGAGGCCUGCGCGAAAAUGAAGCCCCCCUUGGACCACUCUCGUGCUACCCUUCUAUUCAACAAAAAGCCAUUGACCGACCUGUCAUGCCCAUUCCGACUCGCCAACAUUCCCAAUGGCAGCAACCUCAUGCUGCUGUACGAUAAGCCAGCGCCUGCCGGUCCCAGCAGCGUGGCAGCCACAGCUGCCGCAGCUGCUCCGGUCAGUGCCGUCACACCGCCGCAGCCAUCGCCGUCGCCAUCGCCGUCGCCACAGCUGCCAUCCGCAUCCGGUGCAGCGGCGGCAGCGCCAAGUACUGUACUAGCCGCCGACACUCAGCUCCCGACAUCCGUUCAACCUGCACCCGCCGGCGUGAAAGAACCACCAGCAGCAGCAGCAGCAGCAGGAGCAGGAGCAGGAGCACAAUUAGCGCAGCCAGCUCCACCACCGCCCAAAGCGUUACCGCCAGCGCCAGCUGCUGGACCUGCCACUGCGGCUACGGCUGUACCAUCGGGAAUUGCUCCAUUAGCAUCAGCAGUAGCUACCAAGGAUACUGCCGAGUCUGCUGCGUCACCGCCUCCUCAUCCUACCGCGGAUGAUGUGGACAACAUGAGCUCGGCGUCCCCUGCCGCCGCUGCAGCGCGCGGGGCCCCGUCCAGCCAAGGUGCUCCCGGGCUGAUAUUAGAGCCGACGGCGGCACCGGCAGUAGAGGCGGAGCCCAUGGAUGAGGAUACGAACUCGGGUACGGCGGCGGCUGCAGCGGUAGUACCUCCUGGUUGCAAUGGUGCAGGGGGUGACGGCAGCGGCGGGCCUAGCGCUGGUGAUCAACAUGAUGGCACGGGCGACAAGGAUGAGGAUGAAGAUGAGGCCGACCAUUUGGGUCUGGGUCGCCCCUCGGCGUUGUUCAGCCGGGAGGCUCUGGAAGCGGCUCUGGAGGAGAUGGCGGCGGCAAGCAGGUCAGCCGGCGCUUCCAGAGGGGAGGCCUCUAGCGCCAGUGCUGGCGGUGGUGCUGGUGGUGGUGGCGGCGGUGAUGAGGGAGAUGACUUCUACGAGGUAACCCAGGAGGAUCUGGCGGCGAUGAUGAGGUCGAGCCAAGUCAGGAGGAUACAAGAGGAGGCGGGGGGCUUCCGUACUCGAGCCGCCCGAGACGCGGAAGAGCGGGCCAAGGCGGCGUCGUACAGCCACGUGGCCAUUCGGGUGCAUCUGCCGGGGGGCCCUAUACUGCAGUUGAUCUUCGCCGCGACGGAGACGGUGGGCGCGUUGCGCUCCGCCGUCGUGAGUGCGCUGCAGCCCUCUGCAGCAGCAGCAGCCUACCUCUACACCACCCCGCCGCGCCAGGUCCUCCGCACCGACCAGGACCAGCACUCGUUGUACCACGUGGGUUUGGUUCCCGCGGCGCACGUGUACGUGGGGCUAGAUGAGAAGAAGGCCGCUGCGUCUGGCUAUGCGGCGGGGAGCAGUCCGGUGUUACGGCCCGAGGUGGCUGUCAAGAUGCGGACACACAUAGGGCCCGGGUUGGCGGCGUUCCACGGUAGGAACCGCCCCUUACAGCACCAGUCACAGUCGCAGCAGGGGCAGCAAGGGGGAGAGGGCAAGCGGCAGGGGCUACACAGGGAGGGGCCGGAGACGGCGGCGGCCCGGGCGGGGACCCCUGCCAGCGGCGGCGCAGCGGGUGGUGGCAGCGGCAGCGGCGGUGCGAAGGUACCAAAGUGGCUGAAGCUCGGUGGGAAGUAG